CAUAUUUCUGUUAAAUGAAUAAUAGAUGGUCUAUUUCAAAUUAAGCAACUUUGUAACAAUCUCGUUACAAAUAAGAGACUGAUAAUUCGAAUGUACCCAAUAACCAACCUGCAUAUCAUGCAAAAAAUGAUGAAUAAGUGAAAUAACUUAAUCAAAAAGAUAGUCCAAUUCUUUCGUAAAUAUAUUUAUCAAUAUUAUUUUAAAAGUGAAAAUAGAUCGCGAAUAAAGAGUUCUUAUGAUGUAGCAAAAUCAGGCAUAUCUUAAAAAUAUGAAAAAAGUAUUAUUCCAUAUUAUAUAAAAUAAGCCGAAACUUCAUAUUCUCCAAUAAUAAAAUCAACUUAUCAAAGAGAUAUAUCCCCUUAAUUUUAAAAAUCUGAGAAUCACAAAUUGAUAGAUUCCUAUGAAGUUCGAUUUUUAAGGUUAAGUUAAGAGAAUGGAUAAUUGUAAAGUUAAUUAUUUUCUGAUCAAUAAAAAUACAACUAAAUUAUUAUUGACUUUGAACUUCAAACUAAAUGUUUAGAGUAAAAACUUCAUACUGAAAUAAUGAAUAUUUAACAGCACAAAUUAUUAAUAUAGAAUAAGAAUGAAGAAAUUAAUGCUUAAACUUAAGAAUUAUUAAGAUUAGAAUAGAAGUAUUUUGAUUUAGAAUCUAAAGUAUAUUUAUAUUAAUAAUUAAAAGAUGUUUCAACAACAAAAAGAAAUGGGAAUAUUGAAAUAAUAAAAUGAUGCUAAAACUAUUGAAAUUGAUAAUCUUAGAUAAUAUAUUAAAGAGCUUUAAACUAAGAAUUUAAGAGAUUAAGAAGAAUUAAAGAUCUAAACUGAUAAUACUAUACGUUUUAAUUAUGAAUUGUAGAUUAAAGAAAUUUAAGCAUAACAUGGUAAUAAUAUUGCUAGAUUAAAUGAUUUAUUACAAUAAGAAUAGUAGAAAUAUAAUAGAUUACUAAACUAAUUUGAAUAAUAAAUGAAUGAAUUAAGCUAUUAGAAUAUUAAAUUAAAUGAUUUUAAGAUAGAAAAGGAUAAAUUAUUUGAAGAGAAUGUUCGAUUAUAAAGACUUUUGGAUGAAAUAAAAGGUUAAUAAUAAGAACUCUUAAGAGAAUCUGAUUCUUAUAGAGAUAGAUAAAUGUAGUAAGAUAAAAAUCAUUAAACAACUUUAAAUGAAUUGAAAUCUCAUUAUGAAUAUAUGAAAAAGUCAUAGGUUGAAAGAGAAGUUAAAGAAGUUACUAUUAAAUUUUAAGCAGAAAGAAUGAGUUAUGAAUCACAGAUUAGAUCUUUAAAUUAAAGAUUGAUGGAAUUUGAGGGGAAAAUAAAUUAAAAGUAAGAAGAGAAUAGAUAGUUAUAAUAAAAAUUAUAAUCUAUUGAAUCAGAAUUAAGAAUUUUUGUUUAAGAUAAUGAACAUUAUAAAAGAAUUAAAGAAAAUGAAUAAUAAGAAUUUCAAAAUGAAAUUUAAAAAUAAAAAUAAUUGUAAAAUGAUCUAUUAUAGAAAAACUAAAAUUAAUAACAUGAGAUUUUAAGAUUGAAUUAAAUUAUUAAUGAUUUUAAAACUGAAAUAGAACUUGUGAGAUCUCAAUCUCAAGAAAUCCAAAAAUAAUUCUAAAUUGAAUAUGAAAGUGAACUAAAAAACUAAUAAACUAAAUAGUAGCAUGAUAUUAGAUAAUUACAAGAUUAAAUAAAUGAUCUUAAAAAUGAACUUCAAUAAUAGGAUUAGGUUCUCAAAUUAAAAGAUGAAACAAUUAAUUAAUAUAAAUUAAAUUUAUCUUAAAAGUAAGGAGAAUUGGAUGGAUUAUUAUUGAAAUAUGAAAAUUUAGAAAAACUUAAAGAUUAAGAAAUACAUCAAUAUUAAAGUGAAAUUGAUAAUUUAUAAAAAGAAUCAAAUUUAUCAUAAACUAAGUUAAUAAAUGAAAAGAAUCUUUUAGAAUAAUAAUUAAAAUAAUUAAAAUAAAGAAUAAAUGAGAUAGAGACUUAAUAAAUACAAUAAGGAUUCAAUAUCGAAUAAGGAAGGCAAGAAUUGGAAUAGAAGUUAUAAUAAAAGGAAUUUCAAAUACAAUAAUUAUAAAAUGAAAAAAAUAACAUUAGCUCUUAAUUAAAUUUGUAUAAAUAGAAAAUAGAGUAAUUAGAUUAAAUAAUAUCAGAAUUGAGAGAAUAAAAUUAAUAACUAGGUUCAGAGAUUGAGGAUUAGAAAUAAUAGAAUGAAAGUGAUAGGGCUUAAUCAGUUAAGAAGGAACUUGGUUUGGAAAAUAAAAUUUAAUAACUAAAAUAAUAGAUAAAUUAAAGAGAAUAAGAAUUAUAAUAGUAUUUAAGUGAUUUAGAUACUACAAAUAAUAGAGUUCGAUAAUAAGAAUUAAUUACUUAAUAAAGUUAAGAUGAAUUUAAAAGAAGGGAACAUUAGUAUGUUCAAGAAAUAACUAAUUUAAAAUAGUUGAUGGAUACAUCUUAAUAAAGACAAAGUGAAUAUUAAAGUAUGAGAGAAACUUUGUAAGAUUAAGUUUAAAGUUUGUAAGAGAAAAGUUAGAAUAAAGAAAGAGAAAUGGAGGAGUAAUUCUAAAAGUAUGAAGAUUUAAAAGAGUAAUUUAACUUAUAUGUAGAAGAGACUAAUAUAAAAUUAGAGUAUUAUUAAAGAAUUGAAUAUGAAAGGAAAGAAUCAGAUUUGAAAUAUUAAGCAGAAUUAGUAAUUGUUUAAUUAUAUUUUAUAGAAUACAGCUUAAGAUAAGAUAAGAGUCUUAGAAAUUGAAUUAGAAACUCUGUAACUCAGAUAAAAUCAACUAAUUAAAGAGAGAAGAGAAUUAGAGGAUUUAUUGGAUUCAAAAUCUAAAGAAAUUGAAGCACUUAAAAAUUAAUUAAAUUAGGAUUAUAUCUCAAAUGAAGAAUAUACAUUGUUAUAAAGAAAGUAUAAUGAAUAAACAGAUGAAUUACAUUAAUUAGAAUCGAAAUAAAUUAAAUUUGGAACUGAAAAAAAACAAUUAGAAAGACAAAUAGAAAAGUUGAAUUAAGAUUUAGAAAUUAAAGAUUAAGAACUUUAAUAGAUUGAUAAUUUAAUGAAAAAAAGAAAAAGUGAAUAAGAUGAAAUAAAUAGAAAAAAUGAUUAAUUAAUAAGAGAUAAUGCAAAAGUUUCACAUGAUUUAGUAGAAGUAUAAGCAUAAUUAAGUACAAAAAAUGAUUAAAUUAAUGCUUUGAAAAGAGAAAAUGAAGAUUUAUAAAUAUAACUUGCUUCUUCAAAAAAGUAAUUUGAAAAAACAUAAGAAUAAUUAAAUAAAAAGAAUUAAGAAUUAUUAGAAAAAUUUAAUGAAACAGAAAUUAAAAAAUCUUAUUCUUCUGGUGAGACAGCAACAAAAGUUAUAACUGCAACUACAAUAAUAAAAACAUCUUAAGUGCAGAUUAAUACACCAUUAAUUCCAGAAGAAGCAAGUUAAAAAGAAAAUGAUAUAUCUGAUUAAUAAUUUAAGGUAUAAAUUUAUUAUUAAUAUAGAGCUCUUGA